AUGACGGAACCUUCCAAAGAAAUCACUAACGACAAAAAGAAGUCUUUAAAAGUAGCAAAACAGUGGAUAAAGUCGAGCAAAGAUGGCACCUUAUCCAGAAUGGACGCUUCGAUCAAAUCCACCUACUCCAAGUCGUUCCAGGGCUUCAUGCAUCAACUAGACAAAGAAAUCCAGGCUCGAUUUCCUGACGUCACUUACUUAUACCACCCGAGCCCUAUAAUGUCCAAAGAUCACUUUACUACCAUGCACGAAAUCGAACAUCAAGGCAAAGAACCACCCAACGAGAACCCGGUGACGUUUCACGGCAUCAAAAUCGAUCCGGGCUGUAUGAUCUUCAAGGACGCCUACGACGGCAAGAGUUACCGCAAAACCGUCACCAUUACCAACUGCCGAAGAAAAAUCGUAACUGUCAGAAUAUCGGAGCCUACAUCCAAGGCCUUCAAAAUGAAGCCUUUGCCUAUUGGACAAGUGUUGUCGCCCGGUCUAAGCGUAGUACGUCACAUUAAGUACCUGUACACUAAGCCCACAGCUAUACCGCAAGCUUGUAUGGACAUUUAUAUUGAUAAUGAGUAUUUUGGUUACGACUUGAUUGUGUAA